AUGGACAUCAUUUAUGCUCUUUCUCAGAUGAGUGGUCAUGCUCAGGGAACCAAAUUCGCAAGGGCUGAACAAGCUAAUAGAGGGGAGGUAUCGCCAAGUGUUAAAAAACGAAGGCGCGAUGAGUCGGCUUCGGAAUCUCCGUCGUCCUGCUCGAAGAGCGUGCUAGGGUACUUGUGUUGGCGCUACACUCGCGCGCUAAAGGCACUCGAUCGGCAGGAUGACUCUACUCAUGAUCAGCUAACGAGCUCGAGGGGCGGUAGUACACGUUUAGCUCCUUUUUCGAAAGGAGAGGUUUUUAGGGCGGCGAUAGCGCUUCGUCUCCUCGCGGCUGGAGCACGGCAACAUCCUGUGUUACGGAAUUGGCUGUGGUCAGUGGUAGCGGGGCUGCCAGAGGGGGCGAGUUGUGUUGCCAUGACGUUGCGCGUUGUGCGAUCGCAGGAGACAUUGUUGCUGGACGAAUGGGCACGCGAGGCCGCUGGCGUGGAGAGACUUACAACGGUCCAUGGCGUUGAGGCGGGAAAAGACGGGGAUACACUCUUCGUGGCGGCGGGAAACGUCUGGCUAUCACGCGUUCUGGCAAAAUUAGACGAAUUGUGCCUGCAAUUUCUUUCUGUAGCCUUUCCAUUUCCACCUCACCCUUCUAUUGGGCAACCUCCUCAUCCACAGGGUGGUAAUUUCGAUCACCAAUCAUCCGAGGCGACCGCUUCUUCCUUUUCCAUCGAUGAGUUUGCGGAGUCCCUUUUUAGUGCCUUAGACCCUGCCGACGCCCUGCGUGAGCUCCCACCCCUGCUCUCCGUCUAUGCCUUACUAAGAAGCCCAUCCAAACGUUACCUCUUCGUGAAUACUCUUUUGUGCAAUCCAUCCGACGGACUGGCUUCGUCCACCGGAGGCAGUAGCCCCAUCCCCUCUGCGGAGGAGGCCGACGGUGGUGUUGGGUGUUCGUCCGCGUUCGACCCCUGCGGGUUGCUCUCGCCGUGGGCGUAUGCCUGGUUAAUGCCUUUAUGGAGUCCCAGCGAGGAUCGGACCGGGAGGGGGUCGUCCUCAUCUACUCCAAGAGGGGAGGCCAAGCUGAUUGGUUGCCCGCCGGACGACGGAGGCUUGUCCUGGUUGUGCGCCUCCGCGGCGCUCCCUGCGGGCUAUGAAAGGCGCCUUCAUGAGCGUCUCACGCGGCCCCUCUGCGGGGGCGGGCGGUCCCUUUUUCCUCCCACACCACCUCCGGGUGGAGGCCACUCCACCCCCUCCUCCUCGGAUCGGACGUCCAUCGACGAUGACGGCGGCUUCACGCCCGACGCGUACGCGCAGCUUCGGCGCCGGCCGUCGUACGAGGCCGCUCUCGGGGUGGCCGCGGUCCUCCUGGCGGAGCAUCUUCAACAGACCAGUGUGGCCCUCAGCGCGGAGGACGCACUUUCCCCGAAUAAACCACAAGCGGGUUCCUCUUCCAAGAAGGAAGAGGAAGGGAGGGGGGAUCGUCUCUCCAGAGCAGCCUUUGCGGAAAUAGGAGGGGAGGGGCCGGGUGGUGCAUCCGGCCCCUCCCCUACCCCCACCCCACUUGAGCGCGUUUUGGCGAUGAUGCAGCUGGAUGAAGGGGUGGUGUGUGGAUCACCAGAGGGUCCAACGGAGACCUCCGCAGGGGAUCCUCGCGGUGGGGGGCUUUUGCGGGUGUGCAACACGGCGUGGACGGCGCUGGUCGCGACGCUGGCGAUUGGAGAGGGCAUCCCGGGGCAGUUCGUGCGGAUGUGUUUGGACCCCCUCGAGGUCUCGCUUCGAGGUUGUCCUCGUGAAACGGGAGGGACUUCGCCACGUGUGAAACUUUCGACCUUGCGUGAUUACGUGAGGGAGGGCUCCUUACGCAACCGCAAGGCGCGGUCCGGUAAAUCUUACCCGUCACACAUCGUAACAGGCACCGUUGAUACACGAUCGAGCGCGGAGGCGCGAACCGCGGGCCGUAUUCUCGUUGCGAGCCAUUUCAAUGAGACUGUUGAUAGAGGUGGUGGAGCCAACGAUGACAUGCUUACAUACCGAGUUAUCUUUCCACCUCCCAUGUUCCUUCUGCGCGUGGAGGACGUUGCUUUGUACACGCCCCAUCUCCCCUUCGCGAGUUUGUCCGAAAUGAAAGCGGCGAUGGAAAGGCGUCGGGAAAAAGAGGCGUGUGCAGAGGGGAUGGGGGACGCCCUUGGGUGGGUUUCUGACAGAGCUCAGCUUCAGCAUAAUUAUUUCCCAAGGGAUCCUUUCUCUGACUGUCCGCUGCGUUGCCGCUGUGUUUCUAGUUCGAUGGCCACUGUGGUAGCUGUAGCCCUCCGCCAUCCCCGGGUGGAGAUGUUUCAGCUAGAGUGUAUCUGGCAGCUGCUGUACUACCAUCACUGCAACGAUACUCAUAAGACAGCUCAGCCUUGUGGGGCGGCCUUUCACGCCCAGAAAGGCCACAUUCCUGUCAAACAAGUUGGCUUAUCUAUGGGGGGGAAAGAUGUGGGUAGUGCGUCCGGAGGCCAGCACGAUAACGGGCAUAGGAGCGGGUUACAUGGAAACGACUUAGCAGAAGGGGGAGGAAGGGCACGCUCUCGCUCCUCAGAGCGAGUACAACACGAGCGGGUAGAGGAGCUGGGGCGUCGUGUGCAACAAGUUUUUGACUGUUUUGCGUACAGCGCCCUUGCCGGAGUGCCGCCGUAUAUUACAAGGCAACAGGAAAGUAACAAAGAAGGGAACUCGAUGAGGGAUAUGCGCUUGGAUGGGAGUGGCGAAAAGUACAAGCCAUCGACCGACUCGGUCCAAAAGACUCAGGCGCAAGAAACAUCAUCGGCUGCAUUAAAUGACGCUUGUGGGGCUCCACAAGAGACUCACCUGGGGGCAUUGCAAGUGGUCUCUAGAAAAAUUAAACUCAACUAUCCUAGUGAGGGGGCACGACGUGUUUUGAAGCUUGAAUUAGGAAGUAAAGAGACUAGACCAGAUUCACCAACGCUCCCCGAUCCACAGGAUUUGACUCUCCAAUCCAGGAUACGAACCCUCGAUUCCAAAGGAAAUUUUCUUAAUACCGCGGAGACAACACCUGUUGGAGUAAACAACAGGGAUCUUUCGAAAAAUAAAGAGGAAUGGGGAAUCGACGUGCAAACCGUGCUCCAGCUUGUGGCAGAACUGAGCGCUCCUUUAGAGGCUACAGGCCUUUCUACUUCCCUACAAAGCGUAUUUGAUGCCCUGUUGGUACCCCUGGAAGCGCUCUGGACUACUGGUACAGUUAGAGAUAUGAGUAGCUCUGCAUUUAUCUCAGAAAAUACCGGGGGUUGUGAUAAGAGACAUUUCCUGUCCUCCGGUGAUGGCCCCUUGACAUCAAAGACCUCCGUAUCAGUUCGGACGUCACUUUCACUUGCUUCCUCAACAAAACAAUAUGACAGCACUUGCGCGCAUUUGCGAGAAUCUAACCGCACGGAAUGCACCCUGCAAGGGCAAGAGCGUCGCCAACUUUUGAGUCUUACCACUCCAGAAUAUGUAAAGCAGUUUCAAGAUGUGUUGAGAAAUUUCUUUCAACCACCAACUCUAGAACGCUUCUCCAUUUCCUCUCCUAAGCCAGGCUGUUCUAAUGCUAAUCUAUUAAACUUCAAGUGCGCGUCUUUGGCAGUGCGAAGCGCUAUGAAAGCAACUGUGGGGACUAUCCUUUGCUUUUGUAUCUAUCGUUUUCUACUACAUUGUUACUUGCAGAUCAGCUGCAGCUCUGAGGAUGGAAUUACUCCAUGCGUUGGCAAGGAGUUCAAGGUGUCAGAGGACAUCAGCAUCGAUAAGAGUUCAUCGGAUAUCACUUUUUCAAGGCAAGAAGUCAAAAAAAACUAUGGAUAUCUAGGAAUAUCAGGCGGUACAUCGCUAACACAGACGAAUAUUUCUUUACAGAAGAAAAUUUGUUUAGUUCUGCGACACGCUACAUUAACUUUGAGACCCAUUUUACAAUCCUACAAAGAAGCCUGCUUGUCAAUGAGCACGAAUGAGGUUGAGGCGGUUAAUAACUUUUAUAGCGGUUCCGGAUAUAACAUCAGGGAAAAGAGAAAAAAUCAAGAGUGUUGUAAAAUAUUUUAUAUUCCUAUAUCAUGCGUGCUGCUACCAAAAGUGUUAAGGGCCUAUGAGACUAUACUGAAGCCCAUGAUUCAUAAUACCGAUAGGCCUGCUGUCUUAGAGUUAUCAGAGUUAAAGGAUAUGCUUAGACAAUACGGAGUAAUUUUAUAA